GGAGUAGAUGUAUGUGACCGAUCGAGUAACUGAAUCAAUAUAUCGAUCCGACCAAAGUCCGACCAGAUUGCUUUUAUAUCCAUUAGCCCACAUGCAAGCAAGAGCUAACCAAAGAUGAGUCUCAUGUUCAUCUUGGCCAACAAUUUCUUACUUUCUUUCUCUACAGUACUAGCAGACUAAUUUUUUUAAUAAAAAAGAAUAAUUUGGAUUGUUUUUGUCUCUCGUUGUCAACUAGGUAUUAUAAGACACCGGAUCUUGCUCAGGACAUUUGUGUCAGAGCCGUGUUCCUCGCUCUCUUCCCUUUCCUUUUUUUCUCUCUCUAAAAUCGCAACCCACAAAUCCUUCUGAUCCGUUUGUGUCAGAGCCAAAUCUUCUUCUUCUUCUCCAUCUCUCUCCUCUCCUCUUCUCUUCUCUCGUUGGAAGGUGAGGAGGUGAGGUGAGGUUGGGGGCGCCGUUUGAUGGACGCGAAGAGGACGCCGCCGCCGCCGACGCCGCCGAACCCUAACCCUAGCGUAAUUGGCAGCGGCGCCGCCGCGGACGGCGGCGGAUUUGGGAGGGGGGAAGCGGCGGCGGCGACGAAGCACAUGCUGGCCUUCCACUUCCUGCGCGCGCUGUCGCGGAUCCACCGGGCGACACCCGUGACGCGGCGCACGCGGACCAUCCGCCGGGCGGCCUACUCCUCCAUGGCGCGGGCGGCGAGCCCGCGCCGCGCGUGGAGCCGGGCGCUGCUCGGCCAGGUCCGCGCGCGGAGGUCCAGGACGCUGAUGAGGCGCGCCGCCGUGCUGGUGCGGAGGCGCGUCGUAGCCGCUCCUGCGCCUUCUCCCGCCUCCGCCAGAGGCGUCAGGAUUAUUGCUGCCGGAGAGACGUCGGCGGCGGCUCGGGCUGUUCCGCCGCCUCCGCGGCAGCAGGGCGAGCCGCCGAGGGCCGAAGCGCUCCGGCGCCUGGUCCCCGGCGGCGCCGGCAUGGAGUACUCCAGCCUCCUGGAGGAGACCGCCGACUACCUCCGCUCGCUUCGCGCGCAGGUGCAGCUGAUGCAAGGCCUCGUCGACCUCUUCUCCUACCAAUGAUCCAUCCAUCGAGUAAUUAACAUAUGCAUCAUAUGGUUAAUUAUUUAUUCGUUCGUCUUGCACGCAUCACAUGCUGCUGUUGCUGCUUCUGUUCUACUUCUCUACCUACAUCAUAUCGAUCUAUCUCUUGUUCAUGUGGAUCGAUCGAUCGAUGCAUAUGAUGGUUGGUUAAGAUAGGGGAUUAUUAUUGGGGUAAUUAAGGGGAGGAUCUAGGAGAUUGGGUGGAGUGUUAGUAUACAUGUUUUUUGUUUUUGUUGGUAAUUAAGAUUAUUGGUAGGUGAUGAAAAGAUUGUUGGAUACAUACAUCCAUGUAUAGAAGUAUAGGCCGACCGGCUGGGAGCACAAUGAAUUGAAUCAUAUAUACCAAGAAGAAGGCUUUAUAGAGAGAGAGAGAGAGAGGGGUAAUUAAUUGUAACAUAUAAAGAGAAGGAUGAAGUUACAUAUACUAUAUGAUAGUGAAUUAGUGCAGUGUUAAUUGUUGUCAAUUGUCAGUAAAUCGAUCUAUAUAUCUGCGUAUAUGUGUGUUUGUGAA